AUGGAAGUGAAUCUGAGUCACGGUCAUGCUGGGGAGAACGGGAAAGGAAUUGCCGGUGGCCCAACGCUGGGCGAGGCCGCGACACUGGGCAUGCCUGAUGGUGGCGGCGACGCCGCCGCGCCGCAGCUUGGAGGACCACCAGAAGGCGGUAUAGACGGCGACGAAAACGAGGCGGCAGGCGCCAUUGACUCGACACUACACUCCACGCCGUCCAUCACCAUGCCACCAUACUGGCAAAAUAUGCCCUCGCGGCAGCGCGCGGCGUCGACCCAUUCAUCAGACUCUGGGCGGCCGACGGGAGCCAUCUUGCUGCUCGACAACGAGGCCGACGACGAGGAGGCUCGGAACAACGCGUGCUGGGCGAAGAGCGUGGAAAUCAUCGACCACACAGUUGUGAAUGGCGGCGCGACGAGCAUCGGCGCCUUUGUUGUGUGGAACGUGCGGGUAGAGACUCUUCAGGGGAGCUACAUGAACAUUCGGAAGCGGUACUCCGAGUUCGACGCCUUGCGUCACAGGCUGAUGCAGUCGUUUCCCAACUUUGACGCCGCGGUGCCCAGCCUGCCGCCCAAGAGCGUAAUAUCCAAAUUCCGGCCGAAAUUUCUAGAAAAACGACGGGCAGGUUUGCAAUAUUUUCUCAACUGUAUCAUUUUGAAUCCCGAGUUUUCGGGUUCGCCAGUCUUGAAGGACUUUUUGUUCUCGUAG